AUGGCACCCCUCUCAUCUAUCUUUCCUUUCCUCCUCGCCUACACAGCAGCAGCGCAAACCGACUACUCUCAAUACGUCAACCCCUUCAUCGGCUCCGAAGGCCCGUUCGAAGGUCUCGCCUUCGGCGGCGGCGACAUCUUCGUUGGCGGCGCUGUGCCCUUUGGAGUAGCCAAAGUCGGCAUCGAUACCUACGAGAAGAAUGUCUCCUUCUCCACCAUCAAUGGCGGCUACACGCCGAAAGGUCUCGUUACUGCCGUCUCGAUGAUGCAUGAGAGCGGUACCGGGGGAAGUGCUAAGUAUGGUAUCAUCGGCCAAAUGCCAUUGGCGACGCUCGAUGGGGUGAAUGUGCUCGACAACCGUACGUACUGGCAAAAGCGAGUCGGAGACGAUGUAGCAGAGGUCGGCUACUUCUCAACCAAACUGGAGAGUGGUGUCGGCAUCGAGCUCUCUGGCGCGAGGCAUAGCGGGAUCAUGCAGUAUUCUUUCCCGGCUUUCAGCGAAAAGCAUGUGCUGGUGGAUUUAUCUCACUACCUGCCUGCCGAGGGCGGUGGUGGGGAUAGCCAGUUCUUUGCUGGAGGCGAGAUCAAGUUGAUGGCUGAUGGCAAGACGUAUACGGGACAAGGGAGCUAUGGGGGAGGGUUUAGUGAGAGUGCGCCGAUGACCACGUAUUUUUGUGGGGAGUUUGAGGAGGCGCCGGAUCAGGCGAGGACUUUUAGGGGGAGGAAUACUGAUCCUAUGGGUCUGUACAGGUACCACAACGCUCAAGGCCCAGUUCCACACCCGACCUAUGGCAAUGUCAGUGAGUCUUCCGGCCCACUCAACGACCGUGUCGGAGCUCUGUUCACAUGGUCCAACUCUGGCAACGCAACCAUCCGCUCUCGAGUCGGCAUUUCCAUGAUCUCGGCAGAGAAAGCUUGCCAGUACAGGAACGAUGAGAUCUCGUCUUGGAACCUCAACGAUACGGUGAAUGCUGCUGUCAAGGAGUGGAACUCAGACGUCUUCUCGAAGAUUCGGGUGCCGACCGAUGACUCGCAGAAUAGAACCAACCUGGUGUUGCUGUAUUCGAGUCUUUAUUUCAUGCAUCUGAUGCCGUCGGAUAGGACGGGUGAGAACCCGCUGUGGGAAAGUACUGACUCAUGGGACGACUUCUAUACGUACUGGGACACCUUCCGAUGUACAGUCUCGCUGUACCAUCUCAUCCAGCCAAGGUACUAUGCCAGCAUGCUUCGAGCCACCAUUGACAUCUGGAAGUAUGAGGGUUUCAUGCCAGAUGGACGAAGUGGGCAGUAUAACGGGAUUGUUCAAGGAGGAAGCAAUGCGGACAAUGCACUCGCCGAUGCCUAUGUCAAAGGACUAGAGGGCGUCAACUGGACAGAAGCCUACCAAGCGAUGCUCACAGAUGCCGAAGUUACCCCUUACAACACCUACAGCUUUGUCGACCCAACGAACGGUAUCAAAGAAGGCCGUGGAGCACUGUACGACUGGAUCCCACUUGGCUACAUCUCUUCUGAUCGCAGUACCAGACCGUUGUCGAGAUCCGUCGAGUAUGCUCUCAACGACUUCUCCUUGUACCAGCUUGCCAAAGAUCUAGCACCGAACGAUACUUCUAAGUAUCUGAGACGUUCGGCGCAGUGGCAGAACACUUGGGACCACAAUCUUAAGCAUAAGGGCUUCAAAGGCUUCCUCACGCCGAAGCUCGCAAACGGCAAGUUCAAUACUACUGACUAUAACCCUGCGCUGUGUGGUGGGUGUGAGUGGAUGGAUAUUAGCUAUGAAGCUACGCCAUUUGAAUACUCCUUCACCAUCCCACACGACAUGCAGACCCUCAUCCAAUUCAUGGGCGGCGAGGACGAGUUCGAACGUCGACUGGACUACAUCUUCCAGCCAGGAACGAGUGAGCAAGAUCUGGGCGCGAACGGCGCCGCUAUCACUACUAUCAUGAACAUUGGCAACGAGCCUGACUUUGCGACGCCGUACGAGUACCACUACGUCAACAAACAAUACAAGAGCGUCAAUCAGACACGAGCGCUUGCCAAUGAGUUCUUCAAGAACGCCAACUACGGCGUCCCAGGCAACAGCGACGCCGGCGCCCUCAACAGUUGGCUCAUCUGGCAAAUGCUCGGGCUCUACCCGGUAGUCACACAACCCGUCUAUCUGAUCAACUCGCCCUGGUUCAGCGACAUCAACAUGACGGUCAACGGCAACAGCACUUUACGCAUCAUGGCGAACAAUCUGGAUAACGCGAACAGCUAUUACGUGCAGUCCGUCAAAGUGAACGGGCAGGAUUGGGAUAGAAAUUGGCUUGAGCAUAGUGAUGUCAUGGUCAAUGGCGGGACGAUCGAGUUCGAGCUGGGAGAUGAGACGAAGAGGUGGGAGGAUGGCGAUGUACCGCCUAGUCCUGGACAUCAUGUGCUGUCAAGGAGCGACUAA